CUUCUUCCUUCUCUUGCUCGUAAUCUCUCAUCGGCUUCAACAUACUUCCGAAAUGCAGCCAUCCGAUACAAGACCUGCCAAUCGGGACAUUGUAAUACACGCAGCUCGCCUCACACGCGAAGCAUUUGCUCCCUUUGGGGAUGUGAUUGAAAAUCCGCAACCCGGCGUGCACCCCUCUUCAAUCGCAAAGUCAUCACAACCGCUACCAUGCAACGGGGUAUCCGCGAACCAAGGCUCAGCCAUCAAAUUCCAACAUGUCUCGCGCCAACUAAACCUCUAUGACCAGGCUCCCAGCCGCCGCCCUGGGGCCGCUAUUAUGAGCAUCUUUAGGUGUGCCGCCCGCGCCCGCAUUCCCGACCUACUCCCGGCUACGGCUCCGAUUCAGACUCCCGCGCCGAUCCCGGCCGGAACCACCGACUUGGAGCCCCUCCCAUCAGCCUUCCCCGUCACAAUACUCGAACGCCACCCCUUCACAACCCAAACCUUUAUCCCCUUCACCGCAAACCCCAACAACCGCUAUCUCGUCAUCGUAGCACCUAGCCUCCCUCUCUCUCCUCCUACUCCCUCCUCAAGCAACGAGAAAGAGACAACCCUGCCGGUCCCAGCCAGUUCCCCCCCCUCGUCGAGCUACUUCCGCCCACUGCCGGGUAGCGGUAAGCCCGACCUGCGCCGCCUCCGCGCGUUUGUGGCAACCGCCACGCAGGCCGUUACCUACGGCGCUGGGACGUGGCAUGCGCCCAUGGUGGCUCUGGGCGAGAAGGGAACGGAAGCGAUGGAUUUUGUCGUGGUGCAGUUUGCCAAUGGCGUCGCGCUGGAGGAUUGCCAGGAGGUGGAGUUGACAGAUAUCGCAGGGCCGGGGCCAAGGUUGGGGGACGGCCCUGGGGAAAGACGACAUGUUUCAGUGAAGCUGGUGCCGAUGGGUUUGAGGAUGGCUAAGCUUUAAACAUGUGUGGGUUUUCAUCCGCAUGCCGGUGGCCUCGUCGACCCGAAUGUGCCACGUGAGAUAUCCUGCCAUCGCCGUCUGUCAGAGAACGCGUGUUAUACGAUGCCGCUUGGUAAUGCUGGCUGAGCCUCUGUCUUGCCCAUUCCUGCCUGGGCACACAUUCAGCUUGAGCUUUUCUCCAUGGACUGUGGGACUGUGAGAUGGCAUCCUCUGCUGAACGCGAAUUCGCCCUCUCGGCAAAACGAGAUAUGACUUCUAUCAUUGACAGCCACCAGCAAACCAGAGAAUUGCAGAUAAGCGCAUGA